AUGACUGGCCCGUCUAUUCAAGAUCGAACCGGCGAGUUCAGUGCCAUUCUCGGCCAGGCCCAAAAGCGCCUCGGCACAUCGAAAGUCGGAUCGCAGCGCCAAGCACUCCUCACUGACGCCCAACGGCGACAGGCUAAUGGAUCUCCAUCGGGUGCGCAGGACGCCAAAGGUGGCCGGUCGGAAUUUGCACGAAGAGCGCGCGAUAUCGGGAGGGGUAUCACUGGAACAACAGCGAAGUUACAGCGACUUGCGGAGUUGGCGAAGCGCAAGACCCUCUUCGACGAUAGGCCAGUUGAGAUCUCGGAGUUGACAUAUGUCAUCAAGCAAGACCUGGCAGCCCUGAACCAGCAGAUCGCCGGCCUGCAACAAUUGACCCAGGCCCAGCACCCGAAAGCCAAUCGCUCAAAGGCAGACCAGGAGGGCGAACAUAAUGAUAAUGUGGUCGUUAUGUUGCAAGGAAAGCUUGCCGAUGUGGGCGCCAGCUUCAAGGAUGUACUGGAGGUCCGAACGAAGAAUAUCCAAGCGUCGCGCUCAAGGACAGAGAACUUUGUAUCGUCCGUAUCAUCAAAGUCGCAAUCUGCCCUCGAUACUCAACGCUCAGAUUCCCCUCUGUAUAAUCCCUCGGGCCGACGAACUCCUCAGCCCGGAUACCAAGGAAACUCGUCGGAUCUCUUGACUCUCGAUCCCUCAAAUCCCUCACCUCUUAGUGGCCCUUCUAUGCAAUCAGACCAACAAUUACUGGUGAUGGAAGAGGCGCAGUCGAGCAAUUCUUACACCCAAGCUCGUGGUGAGGCUAUCGAGGCUAUCGAGCGUACUAUUAGCGAACUCGGCGGUAUCUUCGGCCAAUUAGCCCAGAUGGUCAGCGAACAAUCCGAAAUGAUCCAGCGCAUCGACGCCAACACCGAAGAUGUUGUCGACAACGUCCAGGGGGCUCAGCGUGAAUUGAUGAAAUACUGGAGCCGGGUCUCCGGUAACCGGUGGCUCGUUGCUAAGAUGUUCGGUGUUCUGAUGAUAUUCUUCCUUCUCUGGGUCUUAAUAUCAUAA